AUGUUUACCUGGAUCUCCUGGACCUGGAUCUCCUGGAUCUUAGUUGCCUUUCUAUUGGGAACGAUAAUUAUUUCGGCUUCUUUAGCUUACGACAUGUAUAUCCUUCAGAAGAUUGAGAUGUACCUUGAAUACAAUGAGUGCUGGAGAACUCUCAGACAGUUGCGAGACCUUGAAGUAUUAUUCUUCGUUUCUCUCCGUUCUCAUGCUGAACAGAUUGCCUGGAGGAGUAAAGACCGACGCUAUUCUAGGAGGCUCCGUGAGAUUGCCCAGCGAGAGACCUACCUAAAAGAAGAGAUUGUAGCCUGGAAGUUGAAGACGCAGCCCUCAAAAACCAUAUUGGAUGAACCAGCGAAUUUCACAGCCUGGAGAAAGGAGUUGAAGAACUUGAAUAAGGAGUAUCUGGACUGUGAGGAAAAGCAUGACAAGAAUUAUUCUGAGAGACCUUCAGGGGUGCUUAUGAGGAGGUUCCACACAUAUUAUAGGGAAGAGAUGGAAUUCGGACGUGAUGAAUGCAAAGAACAAGGAGGGUGCUGUGGUCGACAGUGCAGAUGCUGCGACCAACCACGCAAUACACGACGGGAAUCUUACUUGUCUCAUUGCACGAUCUACUGUGGAUGCUGUAUCCGGCAUCGGGGAUUUCUCAACAUUGAUUUGAGCGACAUUGAGGAAGGGUAA